AUGCCACUCGACACUUCUCGACGAAAGACGUUGGAAUGGAUCAACAAUAGAUACAUCUACGGCAAAAUUCCAUUGUUACACACCCUCGUCCUCCUCAUCGAGUUCAUCAUGGUCGCCCGCCUCAUCGCCAAAUUCAACUCCUACUACGCCCAAAAACCAUUACUAACAACCAUGAUAACGAAUGCCCUCUUAGGUGGCAUCGCCGACUCAACAGCACAAUUCAUCGCCGCAUACAAGACCAGGCAACUUGCCCUACCCACGAACCAGAAUAACGACGUCCGCUCCUUCAUCUCCUCCGGCGUCGAACUCGAAGACCUCAAUGAGAAGCCCGCCCGCUUCUCUCCUGCUCUCUCUCCUACGUACGCCGGCCCGCCCGCCUUUGACUUUGAGCGCCUCACCCGCUUCAUGGCGUAUGGCUUCCUCAUGACCCCGCUCCAAUUCUGGUGGUAUGGUCGACUCAGCAAGUGGUUUCCUGUCACGUCCGCAAGAGGCACGAUCCCAGCCCUGCAACGCGUAGCCAUGGAUCAGCUGCUUUUCGCUCCAUGCAGUCUAGCGUGGUUCUUCACCUUCAUGACUGUUGCGGAGGGCGGCGGCAAGAAACACCUGGUCAAGAAGAUGCAGGAUAUUUACCUGCCGACGCUACGCGCGAACUACAUUCUCUGGCCGGCAGUGCAAGUCAUCAACUUUCGAUUGAUGCCGCUACAGUUCCAGAUUCCUUUCGUGAGCACUAUCGGUAUCGCCUGGACUGCUUAUCUGAGCUUGAACAAUGCGUCGGAGGACGAGACGAUGGAUGUCUGA